AGCAAAGCCGGACGCGGUGCAGUUGGACGCGGACGCGGACGAUUAGUUACACGGCACGGCAUUGCACGGCGCGACGCGGCGCGGCGUGGCGCGGCACGCAGCGGACUCGAGAGAGCGUGUGUCGUCUCGGGAGAGCGUGCGUGCAAUACACUCUCGCCGCGGUUAUACAUAUGUACAGAUCGUUGCCGUUGCUAGCCGUUGUCACCGUCGACGUCGGCGUCGUUGUUGCUGCGGUAUACGGCUUCGGAGGGUAGCAGCGGCGGCUCGCGCGGAUCCUGCGGUGCGCGCAGGGUUCCGCGUGCCUUUAUCCGCCUGCGAAAUUUGCGUAUUUGCUUGCUUGCGUGCGUGCGUGCGUGCGCGAGAAGGCGGCGGCAGUAGUAGCAUCGGCAUCAUCAUCAGCAGCAGUAGCAGCUAAGCGGCAGUAAACCCGCCGCGGCCAGUGACAACGUUUAUUUUCGAUACGAUCACGGAGGCCGAGCGAGCGGGUGCGAGCGAGAGAGGCAGAGGUAGGGAGGGAGAGAGGGAGAGAGAGAGAGAAAGAACUCUGCCCUGAAACCGCUCUGCAGCGCGAAGUGCGUUCCCGUGGGAGCGCGACGGAGACCGCCGAAGCAGUUACGGUUGCAGCGGAGAAAGAAGAGAUCCGUGGUUGCGUUGAUUGCUCACGCACAAUCAGCCGAUUUCGAACCAACAAGUGGCUUGUUGAAAAGUAAGAAAAUGGUGUCGACUCGUCAGUCAAGUAACAUGGGAAGCAGCAGUGGCGGCGGCGGUAACAACGGCGGCGGCGGUGGCAGCGGUGGCGGAUCGGUUGGCGAAGUCGUGGAAGCGAGUUCGUUGAAGAAACAUCAACCGGGAACGGCCGCUGGCACCUCCAACGGUGGCUCCACCGCUGAAUCCCCGCCUGUCCACAAUUUGAAUCUCCUGAAUCUACCCGUUGAGAUUCUGGAGAAGAUCUUUGGCUACCUAGGUUACAACACGGUGGCUCACCUGCGCCCGGUUUGCCAUCAACUGGAUCGCGUCUGCGGCUCAAUGCUGAACUCCACGUUUCAGAAGUUACAGGCGCAGAUGUUGAGCCGUUUCCAGGCCAUCAAAGCGCAAAUGCCCAGACGUGAGUCCGCGCGUAGAAACCAUCCGUUAGCUUGUGAGUCUGACAUCAUAGAGACUCUGCACAUGCGGCUCACUUUGCUGCAGAUGAGUUUCGGCAAACACAUCGAGCGGAAGCACUGUUGCUUCUUCCCUGGUGAGAUUCUCGACGAAGUGUAUCGCAUUCUCCAUUACAUAAGAGUCACUCCAAAACUGGCGAAACCCUAUAAGGUCACGGACGAGCUGUUCGACUUGAGUACCAUGGCCAUGGAAUAUUUUAAAGAGCACAUCGAGCCGACAUUACCGGAAAUACCUUACUUUGGAGCUGACUUUUUGGAUCUAGCGGGAACGUUCUCUUCUAGUACUGUGAGUAAACCAUUUAUGUGCCUGGAUUCCGCGCCGUUAAGCGUCGGGAGCGGUAAGACGGGCAAUACCAACGGAGAAGACGGCUCUUCGCCGCAUUGCUCGGACGACCCGGCCCUUCUGGAGCCCAGCGUAUCGCCACCGCAGUCGAACAUGGUUUUGCGAAAACGUAUUCGCAAGAUCAAGCAGGGCAUGAAGCGGUACAACAGCCAGUUAACACUAAUGCGUAGGGAUCUAAAGUGUUGCAAGGCGAAGAUUGCCGAGCAGCAAAAGCAGAUCGUGGAGUACGCCACUCGGCUGGACGACAACGACAAGAAGAACGAGGAGACGUCGCGGAAAUUCAGCACACUCCUACAGGUAUUUACACAGGAAUUGAACAAAUGCAAAACUGAGCUACAAUAUUGGCGGUCCAAGUCACCGGCAAUACCGGUGUGCAUAGGCUGUGGCCAGUCAAUGCCAGUCCCUACGGAAGAUUUACAAGCCUUAGCGAAUCAAGGAGUGCUGCCGGACACAUUCGGCGAAGGGCUCGACUUCAUUCCCAUCGCGGACGCCCACAGUCCCAUCGAGAUUGCACCGCAAGCCCCCGUAGCGGUCACGCAAUCUCCGUCGACAACAACGGUGGAAAUGGCACCCCCAAAGGCUCCCGUGCCUUCAAAUGUAGCGUUCAAGCGGAAACCCGUCGUGGAAGAAGCGUCGAGCGAUGCCGCGAAAAAGUCACGUCGCACUGCCAAGUCUCGUCAGGUUAAGCGCUCAAAGAUGUAAAAAAAUCGAUAACACUGAUCAUGGUACAAAUAUUUGUUCAACCGGUCUCUGGACAGGGGUCUCCUUUUGUGGAAAGAGCAGAAGGAGGAGUAAUGGAAGGGGGGACUUGCCGCGACGGUGUUUAAAGCGCGUUUCUUUAUGCCAGCAAGCCGAUGAUCUUAGAAAAGUACAAAAUUCCUCACCGAACGUCCUGCAUCUCGCGCAACGAACCUCGUUUUUGAAAAUUCUAAGCUACGCCGAUCGCCGUGCGAUUGUUCGUGAAAAUUUCUCUCGACAGUCGAUUCUCCGAUUUUCUUACGGACGGAGCUGUUGUCGCCGCUGACAUGCAACGGUGCGCCUCGACGAUGAUAUUCUAAAGAAACUUAGCCGAUCAUCCGCGCUUUGCUCGUAAAGCAACGUCUAACUAAAUACUACUUUCUUGGAUUCUUGUUAGAAUUCUUUGCGAUUGUCAUUGCCGAUGGUACAUCCGAGGAUGAUGAAAGAUUCGGGAUCGUGUUUGUCAUGCAUUUAAUGGCGCGAUAUCACACGAUAGAACAUAGUGGCGAGCGUCAUGUUAUCGUGGCGAGAUAAAGACUCGCUUUCCAUUUGGCUCUCCGAUCAAAAGAGCGCGCAGUGGCUGUCGUCUUGAUUUUCAGGAUGGCACGCGUUUGCUAGAAUCUAGACUGAAUACCGCAUCUUCAGCAUUUUGAUCGAACAGGACAAUACGGUAACGGAGGAAGCGUAUUAAGUCACGUAAAGGCGAAACCUUCUGUACAAAAGUCUGUAAGAUGAGUUAUUAUCGUAUCUCGGGAACGGCCGAUGAACGCAUCACGGGAAUUUUAUUCGUUCUUUAUGCCGCGUUGAUUCGCGCGCAAAAUCGAAAUUGAGCCUCAAGCAAGUUUUAUUUCGCGGUAUCGAUCGACAAGUACCUGACAGAACUAACGAAGACUGGUUCACGCAGGUACUGCAGAUGCACCAACAACCACCAUAUCAAUUCGUUUUGAUUAGUUAAGCCUGCUCAAUUUAGAAAAUUGGUUCAUUCAGAUUGAUUAGAUGCCAUUAGGUGCCACGCGUUAGAGAGAGAUGUUUUAUAUUUAUACAUAUAUUAUAUAUAUAUAUAUUUUUCGUCCAGUUGGAUAUAAUUUUUCUUUGGUAUUUGACUAUACUUGUGGAUCGAAAAAUUGAUUUAUAAUACGUGGGCCGGAUAUAAAAUCAAAAGUUUUGCAUUUUAAAUGCCUGGUUCUAGCCUUGCAGCGCGAGACAACCAGAAGAUGUCUGACAUGCAGAUUCAGGUCACGCUGAAGAGCGAGAUGUUGAUGAAGACACAUGCCUGCAAAGGCGUUAGUUUAUUUUUGUGAAUACACCAUCUCUCACCGAGCAAGAGUUACGAGAUGGAGUACAUUGCAAUAUUAAUAGAAGUAGAUAAUUAUUUAUAGGAAUGAUUCUAUUUAGAUAAAUAAAUUGGGUAUUAUACCGUUUUUUGUACAUUGUGCAAAAGAACAAGACGUCUUUUUUUUCUUUUUGUUGUGUCAGUCAAAUCGACGGAAAUUCCUGUUUAUGUGAAAACACGUCAACCGAUCGGGAAAAAAAAAAAAAAAUUAAAGACGCGACGGACGUUCUCGCGAGUCACAUGUGGAUUGAGAAUUUCAUAAUCCGUUCCGGAAGUCUUACGAUUUAUCUUGCGCGAUGAAAACAAUUAUUGGUACAGUAGGAGCAAUUGAAAUAUCUUAUUUGCACCGAUUACCCAAUUAAUCUCAAAGAAGUAUAGUUAAACAUAUUGUGAGUUAUUCAUGAUUCUAGUUAUAAAAAUGGAAAAAAAGAAGGAUAAAUAUAUAUAUAAGCGCGCGCGCGCUAUUAUAUAUUAUAAAUAUAUAUACAUAUAGAUUUAUAUGUAUAUGAACGUAUAAUGUACAUAUAUGUAUGUAUAUAUAUUUGAGUGGUAUUCGCCACAGAGAUUGUCGACGUACCACGUGGAACAUUUUAGUUUAAAACUUUAAUGGAACAAUAAGAUAUAUAUAACGAUUAAUUAAUUAAUUGAAUAAUUAAUUAAUUAACGAUAAAAUAAUUAUUAAAAUAUAUAUGAAGUAAAAAAGUAUAUAUAUAAAUAUAUAUAUAUAUAUAUAAUUUUUUAUUGAUGUCAAAAGGAAAUUAGAGAUGAUGAUGAUGAGAAACAGAGAUAAACUUUAGGGUGUGCAAGUAUAUAUAUAUAUAUAUAAUAUGGGAGAAAACGUUGCGGCACGCGCGCAUACGUGUGUGAGGUGAAUGUGUGAUAUAUACGAAUAAUGAAGUUAUAACUAAAUUCGAACUUUGAGGAUCUUAUGAUGUGAUGCUUUAUCGAUUUAACCGCGGGAAAGUGACCUUUAUUCGAGAUAUAAAAUACACGUGGGGCGAGUCUCUGGCUGCAUAGAAGAGCAUGUAAAACUUCACUCUAAAUGUGUUUACGUUGUGAUUAGAGAGCGCAUCACGGGGGCGGGCGUAGCCGAAUCGCACGUGUCGGAAAUUUCGAAGACGCUUGCACUGUAGUAUGUUCGCAAAGUCGCGAUCGUCGCGAGUAGCGGCGGCGCGUCGUCUCUCUCUUUCUCUCUCUCUCUCUUUUUCUCUGUCUCUUGAUUUCACUCGCGGAAUGAAAACAAUUAUAUGGGAAAUGGAAAAACACAAUUCGCAUCGACUUUGUUUUGUCGUUCUCGGGCUCCAAAUGGAAAAAAAGAAAGAGACACUUGCGCGUGUAAAUCUAGGAACGACAUCCGCGCGACGGCCGAUUGCAUCAACGUCAGUCGGUGCUAAUCCUGGUUGACUCGUAUCAAACUUGUAUUCAAUGUGUACCUGGUUAAUAACUUUCUUUUCUCUAUAUUUGUGCCGUAGAAAAGAUUACAAUACGCCGAUGUAAUAUAAAGUCUUCGCGAAUUCGCAGUUAUCUCACGAAAAGUCCAAUCUUUUUACGGAAAAAGCUGAAUUUGCGAAUAUUUUGCGACAUCCAUGUGUCGACUCCAUGAUUCGGAAUAUUUUAUCCUAUAAUCCUGUUAUCGUCUCUACAUAUGAACGUUCUAAAACUACCGGAUGUCUUUCUUUCCAUUGCAGAUUUCUCGAUCGUUUCAGAGUUAGUUUUUCUCGAAUGAGAAUGUCUUGAGAUGAUUAUAGUUUUCGGAUAAUUAACGAAGACGCGGGACUUGCGACAAGUUAAACUUUAGAAGGGAAAAUUAUCUGGUCAAAUCAUAUUUUUCAAUUUCGAAUGGAGCUUUACUGCAACAAAAUUUUAAUUCGUGAUUUAUUUACAGAGAAAUGCGCGAUGUUAGGAGUCGGGAAGAUACGAUAGAUGACGAUUUUCCUUGAUACAUAUUUACUAUAUGAGAAAAUCUAUAUGGCCAUCCAACUGGCCAAGGAAACUGCGAUUGAGAAGACAUCCGGCGGUUUCAAGAUAUUUCGCAUAAAGAAGAACGGCGAGUGACUAAUCCAGAACUAAUUAACUCACACUGUUGGAGCAAUCCGUGCGAGAGACGUGAGAGACAAAUUACAUUCUCGUCUGUGUCGUUUUAGACGAACUAUAACUCACGACAGGAAUUUACUUAUAAAUUGAUUUUACGUGCGGGCCAAUUUAAAAAAGAUAUUUGACGAUCUACGUACAUAUACACUACGAUCUAGAUACAUAUACACUCGUGUACACGUAUAUGUAUAUAUGUCUAAGUAUAUAAGCACAUAAUUUAAAUAAUUAUUCUAAUUCCUCAAGUGUUUUCUUGCAAUCAGAACUAUUUAGAAUUCUGUCGUAGAUUUACAGAUCGUCUAAAGUGAAAUUAGUCGACCUUAACCCAGGAUCAGUCGAUCAUCUAGGGUCAAUGGAGGGUCAACGUUGUUUCAUGGUAACCCCGUUUAACUUCACCCUCUCUUCGCGAUCUACGUGUUAAUGGAAUAGAGGACGAUUAUGUAAAGAGGGCCGACUGUAGAUUCGCUAAUCGGAGUUAGUCGACCGGGACUGUUGGUGCAACUCAGCCUAAACCGUACCUCACGCACACCCAAACUCCACCAUCAUCACCAUCAUAAUCACCACCACCGAAACAAACGUUCGACACCUCGUCUUCAACACGACGUCUGCACCUUCCCGCACGUCGUCAGUUACCUGCAAUUAAUUGUCGUCUCUUAAGAAAGGAAAGAAGGAAGGAAAACUAGAAAAGGAAAAGAAAGGAAAGGAAGAAAUAAUUUCAUGCUCCUCUCUCUCUCGGCUUUCCGACAUAAUCCGUCCCCGAACGAGAUACAAAUGUAGAAGAAACUGUGUACUACUACGCAUAUAUAUGGAUCUACUAAGUUUAGACGUACGAUCGAGUAUUAAAAAAAAAUGAUGGAUUAUAUGCGAUUAGGAGUAGAAUAAUUUCCUAAACGGUAGUGCUGCGCGCGAAGGAGGGGGAGAAGGGGGAGGGGAAGCUACCGAAUGCAUAGGAAAAGGAGGAGGACGCGAGGACGAUGAUUUCUCUCUCCCUUUGGCAUUACCCGCCCGCUCUACAUCCCGAAGAAGCUUGUUAUCCGCAAAGCGUGUAAUGCAAGCGAGCGAGCAAGUAAAGCAAGCAACGGUCCUUGCCUCAGGUACACACACAUGCAACACACACCAACACAUAUACAAAAUAGACAAAUAUCUGCGAAACCGCUAUGCACGGUCGCGGUACACCUUCACGGCGACAAAACGAAGGAAGACAUAGAAUUCACAAUUUUGCCAGCGUUCACGGUAGCGGGGAGGAAGUUAGCGCCGUGACACGCCGAAGAAUAUGGAUAUAUUAUCUUAAAUGGUUUUACGUGUAUUAAAGCGAUUGUAAAUAUAUAUAUUAGAUACACCUUAUAAUAAACAUAAUUUAACAUAA